UUUGCAAGGAACCUCUCAUCGUUUCUAUCAUACUUGCAUUCUGGACCGCAAUUUAUCCACUUGUAUUUCAAUUUAGAUCUUUGUAAUACAUUAUGAAACAUCAAAUCCUCCCGUUUUGGCUGAUGUACAGCCUUGGAGUAGCUUUAGCCGCUCCAUACAGCUUCAAUAGCACCCUUGAUCCCCAGAAGAUAGCAUCUAACCAGCUGGCUUCAUGGCAAGAGACUCUUAACGAACAAUUGGCGAAAGUUCUCCAAGCCCGCAAUGCAGCUGUGAAUGGUACCACAGCCACUACAGACUGCACGGCGGAUAAUAUCAUCUACCGUCAAGAGUGGGGAUCCAUGCUUGUACGUGAGAGGAGGGACUACAUUGAUGCAGUAAAAUGUCUCAUGAAUUUGCCUCCAUUGAGCUCGCCAGACAAGGUGCCUGGCGCACGGAGCCGCUACGAUGAUUUCACCGCUAUGCACAUCACCUACGCCCCCAUCAUCCAUCACAGCGGCUUGUUUCUUGUAUGGCAUCGCUACUAUACCUGGUUGUACGAGAAGGCACUCCGUGAUGAGUGCGUCUACAAGGGGGGGCAACCCUACUGGGACUGGACGCUGAACUGGGACGACCUCACCAAGUCACCUGUCUUUGAUGGCUCUCCGUACUCCAUGGGAAGUAAUGGCAAGGUCAUCCCACACGGGCCGGUAAACGACACCGCUCUAGGAUCUACCCGUUUACUCAACCCAGGCACGGGUGGGGGCUGCAUCGAAGCGGGUCCAUUUGCCAAUCUCACCAUCAACCUCGGUCCCGUUGCUCUGCUGCCUGCGGGCCCCAAUAACGGCAUGGGUUACAACCCCCGCUGCCUGCAUCGCGAUUUCUCGGCUGAGUGGAACAACAAUAGCAAACCUACUGACGUUGUCGACCUCAUUACGGGUUCGACAGAUAUUACGUCCUUUGACGUCAAGUUGGAAGCACUCAAGGGCCUGCACGCUGCUGGCCACUUUGGUGUAGGUGGUAUGAUGGCGGACCAGUACGCCAGCUCGAGUGACCCAAUCUUCUGGCUACACCAUAGUAUGGUCGACCGUGUUUGGACCAUGUGGCAGAGUCACGACCCCAGCGUCAGGCCAUACCAGACUGGUCGGACGGUCACCGCACACAAUAACCCUCCAAGUGCCAACGCUACGCUAGAUACCAUCAUGCCUUUUGGUAUACUGGGAACCCCACAAAAGCUUGGCGACCUGGUUUCCACGAUUGAUGGCCCUUUCUGCUAUCAGUACAUAUAACAGCUCUUAGUUGUUAGACAUGCAAGCCCACGAUUUUGACUACAGAGGAGAAAAUCCAUGACCAUAUUUUGAUAUCCCCUAUGUAGCUUCCGUAUUGAAUGGAGAUAUAU